AUGGCUUCCAUAUCCUCCUCAUCCUUCACUUGCUCCUCUUCCCGUUUUUUCUCCGUCGUCAACGGCGGCCCACGCGCCCCUCCCUUCUCCGUCAGCUACCGCGUCUCCGCCUCGUGCUCAUCGACGGUCGACAAGCCGCGCUCCCGUAUUGGAGCAAGCUCUUCACUCUACGAGGUGCUCGGGAUUCACGCCGGCGCCACGUGUCAGGAGAUAAAGUCGGCGUACCGUAAAUUAGCGAGAGUUGUGCACCCGGACGUUGCGAAAUCUUCGGCCGACGAGUUCAUGAAAGUCCAUGAAGCUUACUCCACUCUCUCCGACGCCCAAAAACGCGCCGAUUACGACCGGAAGAUGUUGAUCGGACGGCCGCGUACGGGCGUGGCUUCAUCAUACGCUUACGCUACCACAAUGUCGACUGGCCGGAGAUGGGAAACCGACCAGUGCUGGUAG